GUAAUGUACAGGACGUAUUAUGUGCAGCCAACCAUAUCCAGUUAAUGCCAGUUGUAGAGGCAUGUGUAAACUUUCUGAAAUCCCAUAUUGUGUUGUCCAACUGUGUUGACAUGCUCAAUAUUGCAGAGUUAUUCACCCUCCAUGAUCUUACACAAUAUGUCUACAAGUAUUUGUCGAAAAAUAUCUCCUCACUUGGAAUGACAGCUGAGUUUUACAAACUGUCAGACAGCCAAUUAGAAAACUUGUUACAUUUGAAUUACCCUGUAGACUGUGCAGAGAGUGAUGUAUUGUCUGCUGUGAUUGGAUGGCUUGUUGAACAUUAUGGGCACAGUCCUGAUAUAGCAGCAAAAUACUUGUCCAUGAUUAACUUUAGUAGUAUGACUAUGGAAGAUGUAAGAGGUAUACCAAACAUCUCAGAUCUUGAUAAAAUGCUUGAAAGUGAAUUAGAUUGUUCCAAGCUGAAAAACUUGCUUGCAGACGUACCAAAUACAUCUGCAUUGGUUCCAGGCUUGAUAAAUUUUAGAGGAUACGAAGAAUCUGUGAUAGUAUGUGGUGGUUUCCGGCCUGGUAAAGGAAUGAACAACAAUAUUGAAAGCUAUGACAUAACCACGGGAAAGAUGCAAUAUUUGACACAUGUACCUCAUGUGGAUCAGUGCAAUUCUGGUAUUACUGUUACUAAAAAUAAACUGUAUGUGAUUGGUGGCUGUUAUAAUGAUGACCACAUGGAAGAAUUCAUUCAUGGGUAUGGAUUUUGUUUUGACCCAGCAAAAGAUAAAUGGGAAAUAAUUGCACCAAUGCUGAUGGAGAGGUGCAGGUUUUAUUUGGGAUCAGUUCAAGACAAGCUCUAUGCCAUUGGUGGCGAUCCUUCUGCUUCAACUGGCACAGCAGAAUUUGCUCAAUGUGAGUGCUAUGACCUUGAAUCUAAGAGAUGGCAAUCAAUUGCUCCGUUGCCAGGUAACAGAAUGGAGCAUGCUGGGACGGUAUUGGACAGCAAUAUUUAUAUAUCAGGUGGCUUACAGGAUCAGGAAGGUCCAGUUUUUAAUACUUUUUUCAAGUAUGAUACAAGUUCAGACUUAUGGAUGCAGCUUCCAGCCAUGCCGUCUGCGCGGGCAGACCACAGUAUGUUCAGUUAUUCUGGGAAAAUCUACGUGAUCGGAGGAUGGUAUGACGAUGAUUUGUCACAUCAGAGAAUCAUGGCCUCGACCAUUGAUUGUUUUGAUUUUAACAAAGGAAGAUGGGAGACGAUUGCUGAUGUACCUUCUCCAAGGUUAUUUGCAACCUACACAUUGAAGCAAGGGAAAGUUAUUAUCAUGGGCGGUUGGUUGAAUGGCGACUGUCAGAGAAAGUGUAGUCAGGUGGACAUAUUUGACAUUGAAACUCUAACAUGGGUUGAUGAAACAAACAGAAAUCAGCAAAACACGUGUGAUACUCAAGAAAUCUGGGAACAUGCAUGUUGUACAAUGUAUGUUCCAACUUGUGCAAUAACUGAUAAGUUAAAGUGAUAAUCUGUGCUUACAAACCUUAUGCAAUAUAUAUAAAGUGCUCACUGCCUGCUCACAAUUAUACUUUUACUCCAGCAAAUCAAAGUUUUUACAAGCUUGUUAAAAUUAUGAUGUCAUUGUUUUCAAACUUUACACAUUGUACAAAAUUAUUGUAUGUUUGAAGUUUUUUUUUCUUAUUUAAAAAUGAAUACAAAAUCUUUUUACAUGUAAGUAAUUAACAUCUGUGAUUUUACCUAGAUUUCUGCUAAAUCUGACUUUUUAAAUAUCAAAUUGAAUGUUACUUUAUAGCCUUUUAUGUUAGUUUGAUAUUAUUAACACAUUUAUUAAAAAUACAACUGUACAUUUGUUUAAAUUCAGUUUUUGAAGCAUUUUUUUUUUGUAUCUGAAUCCAAUUUCUAUCUCUAUAAUCACUCAAGAUACAUGACACAUUUGAAAUCUCAUACAUGUCUUUAUGGUCACUGACAAAGACCCAUAUUUUAAACCUGGACUUUCACUGAAUUAUUCCCCUUGAGAAAAUUCAUGGAUGGUUCAUGUUUUUUUUAUUAAGAUCUGAUUUUUAUAUAAGCCUUGUUUGUUGAUUUCAGUUUUUACAUGUUUUACAUGUUUAUAGUAUUUUAUCAUGUAUGUAUUGAUUUUGAAAUCCACAUUUUAGCUUUUAAGUUAUUGACCAAGUAGAUCUAUUUUUUAAAAUUUUAUAAUUUGACAAACAACUUCUAGAAAAUGUAUUAAUUUAUUUAUAUUAAACAUUGGUAGCUUAAGAAGAAAAAGUGAGUUUUACCAAUAUGUCUACAAUUAUAAAGCAUAUAACUCCUUAUCCACUAACUAGUCAUGAUUUCUUUAUCUUAACCCUGCUGGAACCAAAAGCCACUGUCCCCAGUUUAUAGCCAGGUCAGCCUGCACAUCCAUGCAUACUUAUCUGCCUCUAUAUUGUUGGCUGCCUAACUGAUAGAAGCACACCUUAAGAUUUAUGCUAAUUUUCAUGAAAAUUUUGAAAAUUUAUUUUAAAAGUAUAAUAUUGUGAAGUAACCAAAAGGAAGCAAUUAUCAAUGGCAUUUGCAACCCACGUAAAAUACCAAAAAGAUGCCAAAAUAUGCCAAAAAAACCUACUAACUGUGUUAAUAACGCAUUAGAAAUAUCGUUAUAUACACUGAAAAAAACAACAACAAAAAACAUAACAGUCAUAAAUCACACAUAACAACGUAACAUGUAUAUUAUUACUUGAAUCUUGAAUCUUUUUACUUUUCCUAAAAUCUUCGUACAAUUUUAUGAAGUUUAAUUUUAUUGAAAUAUUUUUGGCUCAUCUGGAGGCACAUAGCUUUAAAAUUCCCUUUAUUGAUAAAGGACAUUUCCAAAAGUGGAACCCGGACAAGUUCAUUUGAGAAUUUCAGCAUGGUAAUGGUUAAAGCAUAUUUAACUUAAUGCAAUGAUAAUUUUAUAUCACUGUAUUUAAUACAAUCUACACUGAUGCUGAUAUAAAGACAACUGUUGUUUUUGUCUAUUGUCUAUGCAUUCUGAAAGUUCAUAAAACCACUGCCAUCACUCAGAGACUGUACAAAAACUUAUCAAGGGCUUCGUGCAGGGUUGUAACUCGUAUUAAAUAAAGGAGUUACGACCCUUUCACACAAAGCUGUCAAUAUGUAACAUUUUUAUGUAGCAAUUGUAACAAUGAAUCCAUGAUAAAGUGUAGGUGUAAUAUGUUGUAACUUGUAAUA